AUGCAUAACUUUGUAGAAAAUAUUUUGGACCUAGAAACAGCAAACGAGUCCCUGGUGUGGGAACUGCUAUUUGUGGCUAUUUAUAUUGGGUCUUUGGAUGGAAAAGCAAUUAAAGUGGAGCAAGCCAACAAACCAUCUUUUGAAAGUGGUGGAAGACAGGAGCCACCACCUCAUCCAAGAAACAGAGGCCAUCCAAGAAGCGUGAGAUGUGGAAGAGGAGGAAGUGGAGGAGCAAGAGGGCGUUCCUCACGUGGAGGACAUUUGGAUGAUGGAGAAUGUACUCUUAACCUCAACAUGAGUUCUUCCAGGGGACCCUUUCCAGUUAAAAGAGGUCCAUCUUCAAGAAGUGGAGGUCCUCCUCCUCAAAGAUCUGCUCCUUCUGCUCCCGGGCGUAGCAACAGAGGGAUUGGAGGAAGAGGGCCACCAUCAUGUGGGAGAGAAAAUUAUAGAGGUCCUUCAUGCAGAGAACCAGUGUCUUCCCGGAGAGAUGACUAUAUUUCACCAAGAGAUGAUGGUUCCAAUACCAAAGAUAGCUCCCGUGGUGCACAGCCUGCACGUGGGCCCCCUCUGAGUUACGGUGGAAGCAGUUGCUAUGAUGAUUAUAGCAGCACACGUGAUGGAUAUGGUGGAGGUCGGGAAAGUUACUCAAGCAGCCGGAGUGAUCUCUACAUAAGUC